UGAGUUUACUGUUAGCUCCUAUCCCCUGUAGUAAGGGCCUCACGACCUUGGAAGCUCCAAAAUGUCAGCUGCUGAACAAUGUAUAAAGCAUUGCAUUCAGCAGUGUUUUAGCAAGAGUUUCCUCCUGGAUUAGUGGCCUUAUACACAUUUUGUAAUGGAAACAGUUAGCAGGAGAAUGGUCAUCUUCUGCUUACAGACAAGGCCUUCCUUGUUAACACUGUGCUUGGCAUGAUAUUUCAGGGAAUUCCCAAGGAUUCCCAGCUGGCGAAGUCCAAAGGCAGCUUCUUCUCAUCUUCUCCUGAAGGAGUGGUGUUAAAUCCCCGUGCAUCCCAGCUGUACCACAGGCUGUGCAGGGAAGACAACAAAGGGGAUUUUCUGCCAUCAUCUGUUCCCAAUUACGGUGGCUUCAGGAAACUUUUUGGCCAGUUUCCACCACAAUCCGUCAGCUUCCAAACCCACGCAACUGGGAGGUGGGGCCUCAUAGUGGUGGUAGUGGCCAGAGCACAGAGCAUCACCCUCAGAGGACCCGAGUGAAGGGACAGCGCAGCCACCAACCUCUGCUCCUGCUCUGCCGGGAACGGGCUGCCCCUCGUGGGGUCUGCGGCUCCCAACUUUGCUUUGCAGGUGGAUGUGCCACGAUGACGGUGAAGAAGAGUCAGACUCUGCAGAAUGGAAGUGCCAAGGAGAACGUGCUGCAGAGGGUCCUGCAGCUGCCAGUGGUGAGCUCAACAUGCGAGAGCCUCCAGCGGACCUACACCAGCACCAAGGAGGCCCACCCACUGAUGGCCUCGGUGUGUGAGGUGUACGAGCGGGGCGUGCAGGGCGCUGGCGCCUUGGCCAUGUGGGGCAUGGAGCCUGUGGUGCGGAGGCUGGAGCCACAGUUCGCUGUGGCCAACAACCUGGCUUGCCGUGGCUUGGACCACCUGGAGGAGAAGAUCCCUGCCCUGCAGUAUCCAGUUGAUAAGCUUGCAUCUGAACUGAAGGACACCAUCUCCUGCCCCCUCCAAAGUGCCAAAAGCACCAUUGGCAGCUCCAUGGAUAAGAUCAUAGAGCUGGCAGCGGAGGGCUAUGAGGCCACCAAGAGCACAGUGGAAACGACAGCAAAGUACACGAGGAAGAACUCAGUGACCCAGAUGGCAGCUGCGGGGGUCGACACAGCCCUGGGAGGGCUGGAGAAGUUGAUGGAGUACCUGCUACCAGAGGAGGAUGAAGAAGCAGAUCAGAAGCCCCAAAAGAAACAUCAGUCAACAGCAAAGGUCUCCCAGCAGCAGGCCAGCACUGCCAGCUCUACCAGUGCUCCCAGUGGUUGCAGCACACCCAGUGCACCCAGCACUCCCAGUUCUCCCAGCACCCUGGGCCGGAUUGGUGCCUUGGUUAGCUCUGUCUCCCACCGUGCUUACCAGCAAACCACUCAAAGCCUCCAGCGUGCCAAAACCAAAGGGCAGGAGCUGGCCACCUGGAUCCCCAUCGUGGGCAGCCUGGCCAAGCCGAGCAUACCCGCGGCACCGCCGGCCCACAGUGACGGGCAGAGCAGCACGGGCGGCUGGCUGAGCCGGCGGCAGAGCAAGGCACCAGAGCAGAAGCAGGAGAAGGCAGGGAAGAAAGACAACAACCACAGCAAGGCAGGGGAGGACCCUGGGCUGGUGGGCAGCGUGGCUCACAACCUGCAAAGCGCCUGCGCCUCAGGCAUCUCUACCGUGAAGAAGGUCCCAGCCGUGGCCUGGGAUGCGGCAGAGGGGUUGAUCCUCUUCACCCCCCGCAGGCUGUCCAGGGCCAUGGAAACAGUGGAUGCUCUCGGGGGGACCCUCGUCAGUGCCCCUAAGCAUCUGCUGGGCACCCUGUACAGCUUCGUGCCGCUCCGCAGGCAGUCAGUGAAGGAAGCAGAGGCACCCAAGGGCAGCAAGUCUGACCCGGAGAAGACAGAGAAGAAGGAAGAGAAGGAGGACACCAAGGCUGCUGCCCCCUCCGCUGAGGAGAAAUCCCAGCUGAGAGGUGACUGGCGGUACCGUGGCCAUCACCCCCUCUCCUUCCUGGGGCUCGAGGACCCCCUCUUCCUGCGGCACAACUACUACCGCAGCCCUGCCUUUGAGCCCGAGUACCCCUUCCUGCGGAAAUCCGCCUUCUCCCCCUACAACAGGCGGGUGAGUGAGGGCUCCUACCGCUUCAGCCCUGAGCCCAUGUACAGCCGGGCUUACUAUGGCAACCUCUACACUCCUGUCCUCAAGAAAGACUGAGCUAGUGGGGAGGACAAGCACAUCCCACCCUCCUUCUAAUCCCCCCACAGCACGCUUUGCCCAGGCCCCUGCCAGCUGCCCACACGCACCCCUGUGCCAGGACAGGAGCUUUAAGUGGUAGACAGGCCCUAGGAUGUCUUAUUCCAGAGUGCAUCAAGUUCAGGGUGAGGUAAUAAAGGCAGAUAAAAGCCCUGCUGCUGGAAGGAGAAAGUAGGGGGAGGUGGGACCAGAGGGGAGCAGUGAUGUCAAGGAGGUGUGGAAAGAGUGGUGAGACCAGAAAAGAGGAAAAGGGACCAGCCAGGGCUAGCACUAGGUUACUCUGGUCCCUGCUGAGCAGAUAGCCCACUUAUAUGGGCUUCACACUGAGAGAGCAGGGAGGACAGCAAAGCCGUCAAACAUCACCAUAGUAAGCCUGGUUCCCCCUCCUUCCUCCCUCCAUCUCCCCUUGCAGGGCCCAUCCCUGGCCACAGAUUGCUCCUCCAUGGAGGGGCUGAAGAUUCCCACUGACCAGCAGGAUUCAUGAGUAGGAAAGCCCAGGGCAUCUCCCUCCCAGCUGGUGGUGGGAUAGAUGGUGGGGUCAGGAAAAUGACUGAUGAAAACAGGUGGAGCUCCUGGAGCCCCUCUUCCACAGGAUCACCUGGCUUCCAACAAUGCCUUGUAUUCACUGCAAUAAUAAACCUUCCUACCUGCUGCU